AUGACUGUUUUGAGAGGCUUCUCUGUUUUUCAGAGUAAGACUUUGACGCGUUCUUUACUAAAAACUCGAACAUAUUCGACUAAAUCCGAAAAAUUUACCGAUGGUUCUAUCAUCAAACUCAAAAAGGAGCCACCGCAUGCUCCUCAGAGGGAAAAAACGAAAUUUGGGCACGAUUUUACUUCACAAGCAGUUUAUCUUUUUAAUCUAUACUAUUCACAACUUCAUUUCAACCGAUUACUGUUUAUGGCACAGCACAAUAAUCUUAACGUGCAAGAACAAACAGUAGUCCGUCGGGAACUAAGAAACAUUGGAGCCGAUCUAACAGCUACACGUGGUUCAAUUCUACGUGCUGUUAUAAAGCAAUCUAUUAUUUAUCAAAAUAUGGCACCCCUAAUUAUUGGUCCGGUCUGUAUGAUUUCCUCCAACGUGUGCGAUGAGGAAAAUCCGAAAAUAGUCUCCGACAUUUUGAAUAUUCUCAAUAAACAAAAGAAAUUAUUGUUAAUUGGCGGCAAAUUGGAUAAUAGUUUAUUAAAUUUAGAUGACAUUAAACGUGUGGCUAAUUUACCCGGCAAAAAACAACUGGGAUCGGAGAUGGUUGGUGUUUUGUCUUCACCAGCAGCAAGAAUGGUCGACUUGUUGGAAAGGAAUCCGAAGAAUUUAGUGCGUUCAUUAGAGAGUCUCAAAUCCAACCUUAAAAAAAAUAAGGAUUAA